AUGGACGACAGCUUGUACGAUGAGUUCGGCAACUACAUCGGACCGGAAAUGGAGUCCGACCAGGAUUCCGACAGAGAUUCCGACGCCGAUGCUGACGACCACACCGACGCGCAGUCCGACGGCGGCGCCCCGUCGGACGGUGAGAAUCCCAGCAACGGGUGGAUGACGACGAUCUCGGAGGACUUGGAGAACCAGGUGGUCCUGGCGGAGGACAAGAAGUACUACCCCACCGCGGAGGAGGUGUACGGAGACGACGUGGAAACCCUAGUCAUGGACGAGGAUGAACAGCCCCUGGAGCAACCUAUCAUUAAGCCCGUGAGGAACAUUAAGUUCGAGGUGGGAGUGAAGGACUCCUCCACCUACGUCUCCUCUCAGUUCCUCCUCGGCCUCAUGUCGAACCCGACGCUUGUGCGCAACGUGGCGCUGGUGGGGCACUUGCAGCACGGGAAGACCGUGUUCAUGGACAUGCUCGUGGAGCAGACGCAUCACAUGUCAACUUUCGAUCCUCAGAGCGAGAAGCACACUCGGUAUACGGACACUCGAAUUGAUGAGCAGGAGAGGAGGAUUUCGAUCAAGGCUGUUCCCAUGUCGCUUGUGCUGGAAGAUAGCAACUCCAAGUCGUAUCUGUGUAACAUCAUGGACACGCCUGGCCAUGUUAAUUUCUCUGAUGAAAUGACCGCGGCUUUGAGACUUGCCGAUGGCGCUGUAUUGGUUGUGGAUGCUGCCGAAGGAGUCAUGGUAAACACUGAAAGGGCAAUACGUCAUGCAAUUCAGGAGCGGUUGCCGAUUGUAGUUGUAAUUAAUAAGGUUGACAGGCUUAUAACUGAACUUAAGUUGCCACCGAAGGAUGCUUAUCAUAAACUAAGACAUACUUUGGAGGUUAUUAAUACUCACAUAUCUGCCGCCUCCUCGAUUGCUGGUGAUGUUCAAGUUGUGGAUCCGGUUGCUGGAAAUGUUUGUUUUGCUAGUGCUACUGCUGGGUGGUCCUUCACGUUGCAAUCAUUUGCUAAGUUGUAUGGGAAGCUGCAUGGAAUUCCUUUGGAAGCUAAUAAAUUUGCUGCUCGACUGUGGGGAGACUAUUAUUUUCAUCCGGAUACUAGAGCCUUCAAAAAGAAACCCCCUGCCAGUGGAGGGGAGCGAUCUUUUGUAGAGUUUGUGUUGGAACCUCUUUACAAGAUAUAUAGCCAAGUAAUCGGGGAACAUAAAAAGAGUGUAGAGACAACACUUGCUGAACUGGGAGUCACACUAAGUAAUGCGGCCUACAGAUUAAAUGUCAGACCUUUGCUAAGGUUGGCAUGUAGCUCAGUUUUUGGUCCAGCUUCAGGUUUCACUGAUAUGCUUGUUCAGCAUAUACCUUCCCCUAGGGAUGCUGCAAUUAAGAAAGUUGACCAUAUAUAUACUGGGCCCAAAGACUCGUCCAUUUACAAAGCCAUGGUACAGUGUGAUGCUUAUGGCCCCUUAAUGGUUAAUGUGACCAAAUUGUAUCCAAAAUCUGAUUGCAGUGUGUUUGAUGCCUUUGGUAGAGUUUAUAGUGGCAAGAUACAGACAGGACAGACUGUACGGGUUCUGGGAGAAGGAUACUCACCAGAUGAUGAGGAGGAUAUGACUGUUAAAGAAGUAACUAAGUUGUGGGUGUAUCAAGCUCGAGAUAGGAUGCCAAUAGCUGAGGCUCCUCCUGGUUCUUGGGUUCUAAUUGAAGGUGUGGAUGCUUCAAUCAUGAAAACUGCCACCCUUUGUAAUGUGGAUUAUGAUGAAGAUGUGUAUAUAUUCCGGCCUCUUCAGUUCAAUACACUGUCAGUGGUAAAAACAGCUACCGAGCCGUUAAAUCCAAGUGAGUUACCAAAAAUGGUGGAGGGCCUCAGAAAAAUAAGCAAAAGUUAUCCCCUUGCAGUUACUAAAGUAGAGGAAUCUGGUGAGCACACUAUAUUAGGAACUGGGGAGCUGUACCUGGAUUCAAUAAUGAAGGACCUUAGAGAGCUCUAUUCUGAAGUAGAAGUCAAGGUAGCAGAUCCUGUUGUCUCAUUUUGUGAAACUGUUGUUGAAUCUUCAUCAAUGAAAUGCUUUGCUGAAACACCAAACAAGAAGAAUAAAAUAACUAUGAUCACUGAGCCAUUAGAAAGAGGCCUUGCAGAGGACAUAGAGAAUGGUGUUGUUAGCACUGACUGGAAUAGAAAGAAACUAGGUGAAUUUUUCCAGACAAAAUAUGACUGGGAUCUUCUUGCUGCACGGUCAAUAUGGGCAUUUGGCCCUGAUAAGCAGGGCCCCAAUAUUCUGUUAGACGACACUCUUCCAACUGAAGUUGACAAAAAUCUGCUGAAUGCUGUGAAAGAUUCCAUUGUUCAGGGAUUUCAGUGGGGUGCACGAGAAGGACCUCUGUGUGACGAGCCCAUCAGAAAUGUUAAAUUCAAGAUUGUUGAUGCAAGGAUUGCCCCUGAACCACUUCAUCGGGGAUCUGGCCAGAUCAUUCCCACGGCUCGGCGAGUGGCUUAUUCAGCCUUCCUCAUGGCUACUCCCCGGCUUAUGGAACCUGUAUAUUACGUGGAGAUUCAAACACCAAUAGAUUGUGUAUCUGCAAUCUACACUGUAUUAUCUCGAAGGCGUGGACAUGUUACUGCUGAUGUUCCUCAGCCAGGCACGCCAGCCUAUAUAGUUAAGGCAUUUUUGCCCGUGAUAGAAUCUUUUGGAUUUGAGACAGACUUGAGAUACCAUACACAAGGUCAAGCGUUUUGCCUGUCAGUCUUUGAUCAUUGGGCUAUUGUUCCUGGAGAUCCUCUGGACAAAAACAUUGUUUUGCGCCCACUUGAACCAGCACCUAUCCAGCAUCUUGCCCGUGAGUUUAUGGUGAAGACAAGACGGAGAAAGGGAAUGAGUGAGGAUGUAAGCAUAAAUAAGUUCUUCGAUGAGGCUAUGAUGGUGGAACUGGCUCAGCAGGCAGCAGACCUUCAUCAACAAAUGAUAUGA